GCGUUCGCCCCUGCCUGCGACGCCUCCGCCACAGAGCUCUGCAGCCGCGUCGCCUUUGGAUUCUCGGAGGCUGCCCCCAGUGCGCAGGCCUUCAUCCAGAGCGUGAAAGAGUGCGAGAUCUAUGCGGCACCCUUCAAGACCAAAGUAGCGGCGUGGGCAGGGAAGUACGAUCUGCAGACCACGUGCCGCCAGCUCAAUAUGUAUAGCCUUCCUGCAGAGCCGCGGACCUCGGACUCGGUCGAGAAGGCAGUCACCAAUAUGCUCAAGGCAUUCCAGGCUGUGCGCGAGGAAUGGGAUUUUUGGGCAACUGCAAUUGCCCACAGCACCGUGGCCGUCGUGUCUGGCAUGUGGCUGCUGCCUGGUGCUGCGCUCACGGUGCCAGGAGCAUGGGCAAAUCACUUGGAGCCGGUUCCCAUGGAGUCUGAAGCAGAGAAGGCAGAGCUUCUGAAAUAUCCAGAAGAUGGCAAACGCCUCCGUGCCCUGAUCGUCUCGGAGAUCCAGCGCCAGCACGGCGUCCUCGCCGCGAAGACUCCAAAGACCACGCCCGUGGCGGCAGGCGCAAAAACUGCCUUCAAAAAGGUAUCCUUCGCUAGCGAUUCGUCAGAGGAAGAUCACCCGACCCCCGAAACAUUUGAAAAGACGGAGGUGGAGCUGGUCUUCGACCUGCUGAGCGAGCUCUGCGACAAGGACAUGCCGAUCGAUGCAGGCGAUAUCGCCAGCGAGCUAUCCCACAUGGACACAGUUAAGGAUCGCCUCAAUCAGUUGCUUGAGGUCGAGCCCGCUGCCGCAGAUAUCCUAGCGCCUCUGGUACCAGUGUUCAAGAGGCGCGGGAAGGACUUGAAAAAACUUCAGCAGCGCGAGCAGCAGAAGGUCCAAAGCACAGAGGCGGUCUUCAGCAACACAAAGAAGGACACGGCGAGGCGUGCGGAGGCAGACGCAGAGGAGUGCGAAG